AGUAAUAACUAUAUUUGUUCACAUCUAUUAACCACACAGAUUUUGUGCUGAUGGGUUUCAGCCUGGUUCACACCCAGUCAACCUCACACACAUGGUCUAGGAAGUAAAGAAAUAUUCUACAAACUUCUACUCGCUCACAAGCCAAACGCAGCCAAGUGGCAGAGAACCAGGACCUUCCUUCAUCAGAAAAUAUAUCGACGCCUCAUCAUCAUGACCCCUGUAACGGCUCCUGCUGAUUCCCAGCUCUUCCAAUGCUCAGCUUUUCUGAAAGGCGAGCCCAAAGCACUGGGGACUGUGCAGAUCAUGAUCGGAAGCUUGACUUUCUUGUUCGGUAUUGUUUUAACCUCUCUCAUUCCAACACCAAUGGUCAUCACUGGUAUAGCUUUGUGGGGAUCUCUGGUCUUCGUUAGCUCUGGUGCUUUAUCAGUCGCUACAGCCAAAAAGCAUGAUCCAUGCGUGGUGAAAGCCUCGUUGGUAAUGAACGUGUUCAGUGCUGUGGUGGCAGGUAUCUUGAUCAUUCUCCUCUCAGUGGACAUGUUGUUUUGGCGUUUCUACUUUCAUCCGUGUGCCUAUGGCUACUCCUCUCAUCAGUAUUCCUCAUACAUGUACGAAUGUCAGUGGCGCGUUCAAUCAAUGUGGUAUGGACUCUAUGGAGUGUUGUUGGUUUUCGAAGUGCUCGAGCUCAUCAUUUCUAUCUGCACUUCUGCUUUCGCCUGUAAAGCUACCUGCUGCUCCACAACUACACCGAUACAGUAUUCACAACCAUUGAUCCCACAGCCGAUGAAUCCACAACCCACCAUUCAACAGCUGACGUUUCAACAGCCAAUGAUUCAACAGCCAACGAAUCCACCGCCAAUGUACAAUCCACCGCCAAUGUACAAUCCACCGCCAAUGUACAAUCCACAGCCGAUGAAUCCACCGCCAAUGUGCAAUCCUGCGUACAACCCACAGACUCCAAAUCAAUUUGUUUCUAUAAAAUCCUAAAACAUUUGAAUUUUAAUCAUGGUGUAGUUCUGUACUGUUUGUUUCACGCCGAACCUCACGUCUAUUACAGUUAGCUGUGAAGCAUUGAGUCUGAAAAACGAUGACUGCAGAGCUACUAAAGUAAUCCAGAAGUCUUGUCUUUAAUUAUUUUGUUUCGUAUCUAUGGUCCGAUUCUGUGAGUGUGUCUGAUUGUAACCUGUCUGAUUAACAAUAAACUUUGCAUGUGGUCCCACUGUGUAAUAACACCA